UUAUCUCCGACACCAUGCCAUGCUUUGCAGGAGAUUUUUACGCUCCGAGAUCUCGUACACAGAAGUACACACAGUGCCAGUACAAUUAACAGCUCUAUUUAUUUUGUGGCAGCUUCGCAACUUUUUUCGCAAAAGGAAUGGCUUUUAAACAAAUCGGUACAAAGAGCUCGUUCGUAUUAUUUUUUCUUAUUACCUGGCUGUCGGUAGCGAGUAGCAAUAUUUCUGGUGCAAAUAAUGUUGAUGACGUCCUUCGACAAAAUGGGUGCCUUUGUCCGUGCAAGCCAUCCGAGGAGAAAGAGUACUACAUUCCCAUCAGACGGACAAGUAAUUGGUAUGGGGCGGUUGCGUUUUGCAACAGUGUCGGAAUGGAGAUAGCCGAGGUGCUAAACGAGGACGAAGCUAGUGCGUUGCGUCAAGUGUUGCAGGAGGAAGAAUCCGAUCUCGAUAUGGAGUUCUUCUGGAUUGGAGCAAAUGAUUUGGGCACACUGGGCACCCAUCGUUGGGGACUUAGCGGACGUCCGGUGACGUACAGCAACUGGACAGAAGGUGAACCAAAUCAUGCUCUCUCCGACGAUGGACAGACAGAGCGAUGUGUGGCCAUUGCAAAGGAUACGUUCGUGUGGAACGAUUUCCAAUGCACCGGGCGUAAAAAAUUCGUCUGUCAACAGUUUCGCGAUGAAUGAAGAGAAUCAUUAAAUCAAAAUCGGGAAAUAUAGUGUAUUGCUGCGUUAUGCUCUUAGCGUCGCUAAUAUUCACAAAUAAAUUGUCUCGCUUCAUUA